AGAGAACUUAUGUUUGGAUGCCAGUUGCUUUUCUUCUCCACCUGUGAAUUUCCUGCAAGAAUUGCCAAGCUACCGGUCCGUUGCACGCAAGAGGACGAACAUCCCUUCUCGAGACAAGCAAAGUGGCACUUUGCUGAAGCCAGUAGACUCUUAUAGCUCUCAGCUGGAGGAGGGAAUCACUGAAAACCUCGAUGGCCAAUCCAUUCGAAAGUAUGCACUGAACAUCUCUGAGAAGCGGAGACUAAGGGACAUUCAGGAGACCCAAAUGAAGUAUUUAUCUGAGUGGGACCAGUGGAAACGGUAUAGCAGCAAGUCUUGGAAGAGGUUCCUAGAGAAAGCUCGCGAGGUGACGGCCCACCUGGAGCUGUGGCGGGAGGACAUUCGCAGCAUAGGAGGGAAAUUUGGCACUGGGAUUCAGUCCUAUUUCUCGUUCUUGCGAUUUCUGGUGUUGCUGAAUUUGGUGAUCUUUCUGAUCAUCUUUAUUCUGGUUUUGCUCCCAGUCUUGCUCACUGGAUACAAGGUGACCAACAGCAGCUUCGUGCUCAUUCCAGCCAAAGACGUAGAUAUUCAAUGCACAGUGUAUCCAAUAAGUAGUUCUGGACUCAUCUACUUUUACAGUUAUAUCAUAGACUUGCUCUCUGGCACUGGUUUCUUGGAGGAGACUUGCCUCUUUUAUGGACAUUACACCAUUGACGGGGUGAAAUUUCAGAAUUUAACCUAUGAUCUGCCUCUGGCUUAUUUGUUAAGCACGAUUGCCUACCUGGCCCUGAGCCUUCUUUGGAUAGUGAAAAGGUCCGUGGAGGGGUUCAAAAUCAACCUGAUCCGGAGUGAGGAGCACUUCCAGAGUUACUGCAACAAGAUCUUUGCCGGCUGGGACUUCUGCAUCACCAACCAAAGCAUGGCGAGCCUGAAGCACAGCAGCCUGCGGUACGAGCUCCGAGCAGAUCUGGAGGAAGAAAGGAUACGGCAGAAAAUAGCAGAAAGGACCUCUGAAGAAACCAUACGGAUUUACUCUUUGAGGCUGUUUUUGAACUGUGUUGUUCUGGCCGUUUUAGCAGCAUGCUUUUAUGCAAUCUAUAGAGCAACUAUAUUCUCUCAGGAGCACAUGAAAAAAGAAAUUGACAAGAUGGUUUUUGGAGAGAACCUCUUGAUAUUGUACCUGCCUUCUAUUGUAAUCACGCUGGCCAAUUUUAUCACCCCAGUGAUCUUUGCCAGGAUCAUCCACUAUGAGGAUUAUUCCCCAGGCUUUGAGGUCCGACUGACAAUCCUCAGGUGUGUCUUCAUGCGGCUGGCCACCAUCUGUGUGCUGGUGUUCACCCUGGGCUCCAAGAUUACAUCCUGCGAUAACAACUCCUGUGAGCUCUGUGGCUACAACCAGAAACUCUACCCGUGCUGGGAGACCCAGGUUGGUCAGGAAAUGUACAAGCUGAUGAUAUUCGACCUCAUCAUCAUCUUGGCUGUGACACUGUUUGUGGAUUUUCCUAGAAAGCUCCUGGUGACCUACUGUUCCUCUUGGAAGCUGAUACAGCUCUGGGGGCAGCAGGAAUUUGCCAUUCCUGAUAAUGUUCUGGGGAUCGUUUAUGGGCAAACCAUUUGCUGGAUCGGAGCCUUUUUCUCACCCCUUCUCCCUGCCAUUGCAACCGUGAAAUUCAUCAUCAUCUUCUAUGUGAAAGAGAUGAGUCUCCUUCAUACCUGCAGACCCUCCCCGAGGCAGUUCAGAGCAUCCAAUUCUAAUUUCUUCUUCCUGCUGGUGCUGUUGAUCGGCCUGUGUUUGGCAGUGAUACCGCUGACGAUCAGCAUGGCUCACAUCCCUUCCUCGAAAGCUUGUGGGCCGUUCACCAACUACAACACCACAUGGGAGGUGGUUCCCAAGACGGUGAGCACCUUCCCCAGCUCGCUGCAGUCCCUGGUCCACGGCAUCACGUCGGAAGCCUUUGCAGUGCCUUUUUUCAUGAUCAUCUGCCUCAUUAUGUUUUAUUUCAUUGCCCUGGCCGGAGCACACAAGCGGGUGGUCGUCCAGCUCCGGGAGCAGCUGUCCCUGGAAAGUCGUGACAAGCGGUAUCUGAUCCAGAAACUAACAGAAGCCCAGAGGGAUGUGAGGAACUGACUAGACUGCUGGUGAAGAUGCUGCUCCCAGUUUAUAAGCUGACCCAGGGACCUGCCAAGCCUGCAGAGCCCACCCGGGUUUUACGCGACAUUGAAAAAAGUCUAUUUUUCAGGAGUUCGGGGCUUUCCUGCAGGUGGCUUCCUGUGCAUAGCUGCGGUGGGCAUGUUUACGCGACCCAGAUCCUACGUGGGGCUUUGGUGACUUAGGAAAGCAGGUUCAAGACCAAGUCUUUGCCUGUUGACCAACCACUCAGUGGCUACACCGAUGAACUGACUUAAGAAGCUGUUUAAGCUUUUACACCAAAAAUGGAGGAGAGACCUUAUCUGUUUUUAAGAGCUUAUUUGUUUUGCUUUUAAAGUUAACUGUGGAGGUCAUCUGUUUGUGAGGCUGGGGUCAUUCUUUUAAACCAGGUCCUAGGGGUUUACGCCGAGAAGUGUCCCUUAAGUAGUGACCCUUUUGAAUGGUUCUGUAGACUUAAAAUGAAACCUGAUAUAUUUUAAACGAAGAGAAAGCGUUGAAGCAUGAUUUUUGGAACAGGUGGUGGGAACAUGGAGGAGAUGGCUAUGUAAUUUCAGCCAGUUGGUAGUAAUAUGAGAAAAGCUAUUCCUGCUGUUUUAACAGUUUCUGAAUGUCCUAGAUUAAGCCUUAGGAGAGGGACUGGUGCUAGAUGGCAGUGAUUUCUUAGCUCAGCCUUAUUACUCAGGGGACAGCUGCCUUUAAGGGCCUGGAUAGCCACAAGCCUUCAGUUCCCUUCCCGUCCUGAGUUCGGAGACUUGGCAGAGGGCCCUGCACCAUCAAAAUUAAGAAGCAGACAAAGUUUGUUUCUCAGUCCUCCAAGUACCAUUUCCCUUCCUGCACUGAAGUCUCUAUUUCUGAAGGAUGCUGUACAUUUCAGAGCCAGGCUGGAAAAGGCUGUUGAGUGUUUACUUGAGUUGUGGGUUUAUGUGCAUAAGUGUUUGGAGAUGUGUGUUGCAGCUCUACCUGUUAAUCAGACCAGUCUAUGCAGGCGUACCAAAUGAGACUGAAUAUUAUUUUCUUAAAUACACAUUUUCAAAUUGUUCAGGACUAUUGUUGGUUUUCUUGUGCUUAAAAAUUUAAACACAAGUGCCUUUAUGUUACAAAACAUGCAGAGUACCUCUUAAGAUUUCCAUUACAGUAAACUGUAUGCAAUAAAUACCUCAUCAUAAGCUUUCCAAAAUAGAUAGGUCUGAACUUUUUAACAUAAGCCUAAGUUAUUGUUUAAUGUGAUAAGGUUUCAUUUUUAUAUCUUCAGAUCACUUUCAAUAUACUUCAGUUUUGCAAUGUA